CCCUACGAUAACACACGGGAAUGAAAAUGGCGAAACUGAUGGACGUAGUGACGGGACCGGCCAUGCCGUACCUUGACAUGGUGAAGGACAAGAUCAACAGCCUGUGUGAUGGAUUACAGCCCUGGCAGGUCGUAGUCUACUCCUGUGGUGGCACACUCGUAUUUGUCACCAUCAAAAACCUCCUUUUCAACGAGGAACAAACACUAAAGAAGAGAACAUUAGACACCAUCUUCCGGUAUGUGAAGAUGAUUCCUUUGGUUAAGAAGAAGGUGGCAGAGGAGAAGAAUAAAAUGCUAGUGGAUAUGGAGGCCAGUUUCCAUAAGAGUGUGGAUGGGUAUCAGAAAGCCCUGCCAGCCACUGGUCUCAAAAUGGAUGAAGUUGAGAAGUUGUUGUUGCAAUAUAAAAGUUUGGCCCAGGUUGAUUGGGAGAAUGGCCAGGUGUCUGGAACAGUUUACAGUGGAGACGCAGAGCUCACUGAACUCAUGGCUAAGACCUAUGGGAUGUUUGCUUGGUCCAAUCCUUUACAUCCAGAUGUGUUUCCUGAUGUGAGAAAGAUGGAAGCAGAGGUCGUCCGUAUGUGUUGUACAAUGUUCAAUGGUGAUGACAACACCUGUGGCACAAUGUCUUCAGGGGGCUCAGAAAGUAUUCUGCUGGCUUGUCUGACCUACAGAAAUAUAGCCAGGGAUAAUGGAGUUAAUUUUCCUGAAAUGAUCGUACCUGUCACAGUCCACGCUGCAUUUGAUAAGGCAGCAUUCUACUUCCGAAUGAAAAUCACACACAUUCCUUCAGAUAAAGUGACAGGAAAGGUUGACAUCAAGGCUAUGAGAAGGGCUAUCAAUAAAAACACAUGUAUGCUUGUUGGUUCAGCACCUGGUUUUCCUCAUGGUAUCAUAGAUGAUAUUGAAGAAAUUGCAGCACUUGGACAUAAGUACAAUAUUCCAGUCCAUGUUGACUGUUGUCUUGGUGGCUUCCUCGUCCCAUUCAUGGAGAAAGCAGGCUAUCCCAUUCCUGUUGUGGAUUUCAGACUUCCAGGAGUCACAAGUAUAUCAGCUGACACUCAUAAGUAUGGUUUUGCACCAAAAGGCUCAUCUGUGAUUCUGUAUAGAAAACCUGAAUACAGACAGAAACAGUUUUUUGUCCAGCCAGAAUGGCCAGGUGGUAUCUAUGCCACAUCCACCACAGGAGGAAGCCGAGCUGGUGCUAUUAUAGCAGCGUGCUGGGCAACCAUGAUGCACAUAGGACUCAACGGAUAUGUGGAAUCCACUCGCAAAAUUAUCAAGACUGCCAGAUAUAUUACAAAGGGCUUGAGGGAGAUUGAGGGACUAGUUGUGUAUGGCGAGCCCCUGAUGUCUGUGGUAGGAAUGGGAUCAGACCGGUUCAACAUAUUCAGGCUAGCAGACAUCUUGACAAGUCGAGGAUAUAACCUAAACGCUCUUCAGUACCCAGACAGCCUACAUCUAUGUUGUACAUUGGUACAUACUAAAGAAGGCAUGGCAGACAAGUUUCUCAGUGAUGUGCGUAAUGCUGUAGAGGAGAUUCUACAGGAUCCACAAGACCAUGCGAUAGGUGGCAUGGGUGCCAUAUAUGGCAUGGCACAGAGUAUUCCUGAUAAGAAAAUGGUUGGAGAGCUGGCUGGUUGUUAUCUGGAGGCGAUGUACAGCACCAACAAGGAGUGAAGGCUUACUGUAAAUACAGUCUGUGGAGAGAGAGGGGAAAGGGACCUGGCACUGUUCGUGGAGAGAGGGGGAAAGGGACCUGGCACUGUUGAUGGAGAGAGACUGGACAGAUGUAUCGGCCAGUGUGUCUGGAGUAAUUAGGUUCCUUUGUCUCACCCUGGACAGAUGUAUCCAUAACUUUGUCUGGUGUAAGGUUUAUAGAACGUUCCAUCCCUAUUGAGACUAAGAUAGGGGGUAAGAUUGCCAAACACUAGACUAAAGGUCACAGCCCUUUGGGUAAGACUUUUAAAGUCUCUUGUUUGUCAGAUUUUUCCAAUCGCUAUCUCACCCCUGUGGUGAUGAAACAUUCUGCCAAUGUACAUGUAGAGAAACAUACCUGGCAUGAUCUAUGAAACGAGCAUCAAGGUGCCUUUAGAUCGACUAUUAUAUAUCAUUCCUUAGAGAUGCUGUGAAAUAAGUACAUUAUGUAUAAGAUAACUCCUGUGUGAUAGACCAGUGAGUGUGAUGGAAAAAACAUUUUUAUGUUUACAAAAUACGAAUUACAAACAGAAUUAUCAAGUUGUUAAAUUUUACAUCUAUAUUGAUUUGGUUUUAAGGAACGCUUUAUUAUGUGAUUAUUUUAUAUAUAUAUAUAUUUUCCUUGUUAUAAUCUUAAACACUCCAUUUAUCUGGAAGAUGUAUUUGAGAUCCAAGUAAGAAUUUGUUUUAUUGUAUAAAUCGGCUGUAUGGUUUUUGAUAUUUGUGUCUCUCUACAUAUAUGGUGAAUUUCAUAAACUAUAAACAACCCUACAAGUGUUUUCAGAUUAAACAGAUGAUUAAGUUUAUAUUUGGAUAACCAAAAAUGUUUGUAAGAGAAGUGUUUCUUGUGUACAUGUUAAUGCCAAUAAUCAGUGUUCUGAUGAAGUAUGUCUAGUAAGUAUGACAAUACCAGGACAAACAUCUUGUGAUAAAGAGGAGAAAUCAGUGCCAAUGAAUCUAUAAACAAGCCUUUAAGGAGACAAAAGGAAACUAUAAUUCACAAUAAUUACGUAAUAUCUAUUAGAAAAUAGUGUGAUCCGUUCAGUCCCAAGGACAUGUUAGUGACCUUUGAGGCGAUGUAUUGACAGUAGUUCCUCUGGUGCUCAUGAAUUAUUUAAGCAGGUAUUUAGUCCUUUGGACAAUAAGAUAUAUGUACCUUAUUGUGUGACCACAGGAAAUGUA